AUGACCGACAGUAAUUUAUGGCGCGACCGCAAUAAAGUGUUUGUAGCUGGCUUACCUCCACAAGUAGAUGAUGAUGCAUUGUACGAAAAAUUUAGGUCGUUUGGAGAAAUGCAUCAAUCGAAGGUCGUGUACGAUCAAAGGACUGGACGUUCAAAGGGGUUUGGUUUUGUCACUUUUUGUGAGUAUACGAAUGCUUUGGAUGCAGUGGAUCAAUUGGACCAGACGAAAUGGGACCAUAGGACGCUUAAUGUUCGCUUUUUGCAACCUAAAAAUGGACCGAGUGGUAGUGGAAAGGAUGGGUCUUGCUUACCUGCAAGUAUGGUGACAUUACGACCAAAUAAAGUCAUUGGUCCACGACCGGAAGGUUGCACUACUAUUUAUGUGGGAAAUCUGGCCUAUGAUAUUACUGAAGAAGUAUUGCGGAAAGUAUUUGACAAAUGUGGCAGUAUUCGUGCCGUUCGGUUUGCCGAACAUAUUCAGACAAAAGAGUUCCGAGGUUUUGGGUAUGUACAAUUUCAUGAAGAAGGACCAUGUGAAGCUGCAAUCAAGCUAGAUGGUAUGGUGGUAAUGGGCCGGCCUAUGAAUAUUGAUUACGGAUCUAGAGACGAAGGGUAUGCGGAAGCUCGAGAAGAGCUUCAGAAGAAGUUGAAAAAAGGCAUUUGCCACAAAUUCCAACAGGGCCAAUGUACUCGUGGCGAUACCUGCAAAUUUGCUCACGUGAUGCAAGAUCAAGAUGCAGAAGAGUUGGUGCAACCGGCAGAGCAACCAGUGGGUGGAAUUGCUAUUCCGGGGGCUUCCUUUGAAGCAACAGGAACAACAUCGACGACGGUUGCUGUUGGCGAGCAUACUCGGACAACGUCGGAUGCACCAACUUGCAUUAGUUUCCAGAAGGGGAAAUACAAACGUGGCGCCGCUUGCAAAUUCCAACAUUUGCAAGGUGUCGUAAUGGAAGCUGAAGUUAAAAUUGACAAGGAAGUCCCAGAGGAAGAGAAAACUGAUGCAGACGAAAGAGCUCCUGUAUGCCAAAACUAUCAAACAGGCAAAUGCAAACGCGGCCCGGCAUGUCGUUUCCGUCACGUUGCUUUACCAGUGGGAGGCUCUCAAGAGCUUAGAGAGGAAGGACGUAAGGCUCCGGUUCGUGUAGUGCUGCCAGUUACUGCAGUUGCUGAGGUGGCGGUGUGUAGGAAUUUUAAGAGGGGUGUAUGUGCGCGGGGUGCGUCUUGUCGUUUCGCACACGCUGGUUACGUGACGCAGGCAGCUCCAGUCACUGCAGUUGAGGAAGUGAGCGAGUACCAAAAGCGUUUCCAGAGUGUGUGCUACAACUGGCAGAGCAGCGGAUCGUGCGCACGUGGUGAUAAAUGCCCGUUCCAGCAUGAUGAAGGUCCCAGCAAGCAGACUGCAAAAGCGACGACAAAGUCGGACAACAAGAAGAAAAAGGAGAAGCAGAAAUCAGAAGAUGCUGAAAAGAAGGACGUGAAGAAGAGUACAAAAAAGAACAAGAAUGACAAGAAGCGUAAGGUGGCGGAAGAGCUGGAAAGCGAAGAUGUCUCGAAGAGAAAACACAAGAAGGACAAAAAGCACAAGAAGCGUAAGAGGAGCCAGGAUGCUGACACCAGCGACUAG